GGUGCCGAGCCGCCUGCCUGCCUGCCUCUCCUCGACGGGCCGCUCUCGCCUGCAGUCCUGCCCGGGGAACCUGCUCCGUCGCGGGGACUCCAGCCAGCUCUCCCGGAGCCCAGCCCCGACGGCCAGCAGCUGCCCGGCCUCCCGCUCCAGCCCAGCCGAGCCCUGCCCGGGAGCAGCCUCCGUGCAAAGCAGCCGCUCGACGCCGGCCAUGCGCCUCCUGGCUCUGCUCCUGCUCGUCCGCCUGGCCGGGGCCGGCCCGCACGACCCCCGCCACCACGACGGCCACCACGAGGAGGAGGAGGGGGCCCGCCUGGCGCUGGCGCGUCUGCUGGCGUCGGGCGAAGGCGCUCUGCCGCCGGGCGCCGUCGAGGCCCUGUUAAAUAUCGCCGCGGCUCGUGUGCAGUGCCCGGCCGGGCCGUGUGGAAAGUGCAUCUCUGCGGCAGAUAUUUUUGCACUCACGGGGAAGAAGCCGCCAGCCGACAAUGCCAGUCUCGCCUCCUCAGAGCUGCUUCCGUUCUCUUCCGGCCUGGUAUUCUACUUCAGUGACCCUGUGGAGGCCUGCCAGGAAGUGGCAGAGGGUCAUUGGGUUGCUGCAGUCCAUGCAUUCCAGGCCAAAUUCUUAGGCGGGAACCCCGCUGGAGGACCCACGCAAGAGAAAGUGGCUGAACUGAUGGGAACCAUCCAGAGAAACACCGUGAGCCGGGAGUCCUGCGCAGGAGUGGGCCAGAUCCUUGAGAACAGUACAGCGAUCUCCAGGCGAGUAGCGUCUGAUCCAGCGGGGCGAGUCUUAGCAGCCGUGGCCCACCACGUGCUGAAGGGUGGCUGUUUCCACGCUCUCCCUUCGGAGCGCUACUUUGUGGACUACAUCUAUUGGCGCUACGGCAAUGAGACCCACAACCUGACGCUGGCAGACUUGUCCAAAAUGAUGAUACAGUUGAAUGUGGGGCCUGAGGCGGCCCAUGCAGAUCACGACCACAGUGAUGCAGAACACGACCAUGCGCACGAUGACCAUGCGCAUGACGGCCACACACACGAUGGCCACACACACGAUAGCCACGCGAACGACGGCCACGUGCACGACCACCCCCACGAGGAUGCCACACACAGCCAUCAUGACGGGCAUGAUCAUGGCGACCACGAGGACCAUCACCACGGCAACGAAACGGACCAUCACCACGGCAACGAAACGGACCAUCACCACGGCAACGAAACGGACCAUCACCAUGGCAACGAGACGGACCACCACCAUGGUGAUGAAACGGUCCGUCACAGGCGAAGCUUGCCUAGUUCAGGGGAGCAGGACCUCCAGUAUAAAAUCUGGGACACGGUCUGCCUCAGCUCCAGCGACCUCUUUGAGAUCUACGGCAUCGAGGAUGGCGCAGGGGCGUCGCGCGCAGAUUUCACCCGCCUGAGCCCGGCUCUGGUGCAGCAGCAACUCAGCAAGGCUUGCUCCGCCCCGCGGGCGUCCCCAGCUGGUGGGCGCCUCUCCGAUUUGGAACGGUACCUGUACGGCUCACUGGCGACGCUGCUGAUCUGCUUGUGCGCCCUCUUUGGCAUCGUGGUCCUCCUCUGCACGGCCUGCAUCAGCACCUACCAGUACGUGAUCCAGACUUUCGUCAGCUUGGCUGUGGGCUCGCUCACCGGGGACGCCAUGCUACAUUUGAUCCCCAAGUUCCUGGGCCUGCAUUCCCAUGGUGAGGGCCACACGCACGACCACCACGAAGCCGAAGAUCCCAAUGUGCUCUGGAAGCUUCUUGCCGUACUGGGCGGGUUCUACCUCUUUUUUCUCCUGGAGAAGUUCUUCAUUCUUUUGGGACACUCGGACUGCGAGGAGGUACCCGGCAAGGGCCACCAGUGUGACCACGGCAUGUCCCUGCAGCUGUACCAAGAUGAGAUGAAGAGGAGGAAGCAAGAGAAAGGAGCGUCUCAGGCUGACCUGGUGGGUGCGGAGGAGGUCGAUUUCAACCCGAUGCGGAAGAAAGAGCGCACCCGAGAGAUGAUGAUGCUGCCGUACAUGAUCACCAUUGGGGACGCCAUCCACAACUUUGCCGACGGGCUGGCCAUCGGGGCCGCGUUCUCUUCCUCAUGGAAAACCGGGCUGGCCACCUCCCUGGCAGUGUUGUGCCACGAACUGCCACAUGAGCUAGGGGAUUUCGCUGCGCUGCUGCAUUCCGGGCUGAGCGUGAAGCGGGCCCUGCUCCUGAACUUCCUCAGCGCCCUCACGGCUUUCAUCGGCCUCUACAUCGCGCUCUCCGUCUCCACCGGGGAGGAGUUUGAGGCCUGGGUCUUCACCGUGGCCACCGGCCUCUUCCUCUACGUGGCACUGUGUGACAUGCUUCCGGCCCUGAUGAACGUGAAGGACAAGCGCCCCUGGCUGCUCUUCGCCCUGCAGAACCUCGGCCUGUUGGCCGGCUGGGGCAUCCUGCUGCUGCUCUCGGUGUUUGAAGAGAACAUCACGCUGUGAUUGCGAGACGCCGAAAGGACUUUGGCCCCUCUUGCUGGACCAGGAGAAAAGGCCUUUUUGUGACACCCCCCCUGUGGGAA